AAUUUAUGUAUUAAAAAUAUGAUGCAUCCUUCAUCAUGUGAUUAUGUGGAGAAAAGUAUUUUUAGUGAAUGUGCAUAAGUCCGAUAUGUGUAUAUGCUAGUUUAUGAUAGCAAAGUUUCUGAAGCUGACCUGAAAGUUAUUUUCGUUACCAAGCUUGGCACAGAUGUGGAAUGUGAAGAAGGAUUAGUAGCAGAGAAACCGACUAGACCAGACAGAAUGAUGUCUUCCGGGCAAGCAUAUUGCCGAUCCAUGUAGUGUAUUGGAGUCGUUUCAUUGUGAUGAAAGACUUUUAUUCUCCCCGGGGCACGAAAUAUGUUGGUUGGAAUAGUUAGAUGAUGCCUCCGACCAAUCUUUGUGGUUUCUAAAUUGUUAAAGAGGCUAUUAAAUUGUCUUCCUGGUGAGAAAAUCGAUAAAUUCUGAAAAUAAGUUUUGUAUAAAGAAUAUAAAAGUCGCCGGAAAUUCCUCAUUUAGUACGAAUACAUCGCGAGCGGUUUGAUCCAUUCCACCUGUUAGGAACCCACGUCUGACAUGAAAGUUUCCAACGCGGAUGCGACCAUAAAAAAUUCCCAAUUGCAUGGAGUCGAAAGCAUGGACAGCUGGCUGCUACCGAUGGCUUGCCGAUACAUACUAAAAGUGAGUCGUUUCAUUCUGUCAUGAUAUCAGAAGAUGCAGAAAAAAAAUUCAGUGAACUGAUGUAUUCGAAAGUAAAUUUGCAAUCCCUUGCGACGAUUGUUUUCGAAGUGAAAAUAAAUAAACCUCCAGCAAUAGUAAAGUUUUUCCGCUUUCCCCAGCCCACAUUCUUCGAGUGCCUGUAAAUUGUGUGAAGUUGAAAUGUACUGAGUGGAACGCCAUUCAGAAGGAAACCCAGUAGAAGAGCAAGCUGAGGUGUUGUGUUAUGCCUUGGGCAUUUUUUCAGUUACAUUCGUGUUUGCGUGUUGGAGUGAAAAAAAGAAAGCAUAAGUAAAGCACGGGGUCUUACGCCUGUUAGCUUCACCUCCAAAGUUAAAGCCUUAACAGGCUUCGGAAAGUGAGUGGGAAAAGCAACAGAAAACAGUAUGAUCCUGUCAAACAUGUUGGAUUUACGACCGGCUCUGCUGCUGACGCUUUUUGCAACAAUAGAAUUCGUGAGCACACUGAAAGACGUACGCGUGAGUGUACCGGCUGCAAUCCGACGCGGUGAUAACGCUAAUCUGAUCUGCCAUUACGAUAUGGAAGGUGCCGCCCUGUACUCUGUCAAGUGGUAUAAAGGAAAGCGAGAAUUCUUUCGUUACACUCCCAAAGAAAAUCCUUCACUGAAAGCGUUCCCUGUGCUGGGUAUCACGGUAGAGCGCUCGCAAUCUAAUGGAAGUUACGUGACCUUAUCCACAGUAGAACCAACUAUGUCCGGCAAGUAUAGCUGCGAAGUGUCCGCGGACUCACCUUCAUUUCACACAAUGAUCGUGUCCAGCGAAAUGGAAGUUGUGGAUGUUCCGAUCAGUAAACCCCACAUUACAGGUCUUAAAUCUUUCUAUCGAAUCGGGGACCUGCUGACCGGUAACUGCUCCUCUCAUAACUCAAAGCCUGCGGCUAAUUUGACCUGGUUCAUCAAUAGCAAUGAGGUAAACCCGAAACAAACAGUGCCAUACGCUAUUUGGAAAAACCCAGAAACAGGACUGGAAACAUCCACGCUUGGAUUGUUCUUCCACAUCACACAGCAUUACCUUGGACGAGGUAAAUUAAAGUUCACUUGCGUUGCCAGGAUUCACAGCGUCUACGAACAGCGCACGGAGCGAUUCGUGGAAGAUGAACAACCUAACAUCCUAGCUUCAGCUUCGGCCUCCCCUCCACUUGGGAUGAGUAUAAAUUAUAUUCAUUCUCUGUACGAUCAAUUUCCGGCUUCCUCCUAUCACCACCAUGACCACGGCGGUAGUGGGGGUGACUUUGACAAUCAAAACAGCGACGCGUACAUGACACAAUUACAAGACAUGUCGUCGUCAUCCGCCAGUUCCAGCCGGACACGAUCGCCAAUGACCAUCAGCAGCCGGCGGCAACCAUUACGGCCACUUCUACUGCUAAUACCAGCUCACAGUGUUAUUAUGCAAAUGGCAUUUUCAAUCCUGCUGCCAUUGCUACGAUCCAUGUUUGAUUGUGUCAACCGGAGAGCAGCCAGGAGGAAACCCUCCAGUAGCAACAGCAUCAGCAGAAGUUGCGGUGGACUUCAACAGGGUCUAAUCAGCAUUUUGCCAAAGUCCUUCUCCUGAGAGUAGUCUGCACACAUCACUGCACCCUGCGCGCCACCCAGAACCAACCAGUCAUCGACAAUGGCAAUAACAAACCCCAUCAUCACCCUGAUAUGCACUAUCGUGAAUAGCGACUAAGAGUUGCUGAUGCUCGUUUCGUGUGUCCGGAUUCCUAUAAGACGACUCAUCCAACCGAUGAAACAAAUUGUGUAAAAAGCCGUAAGGAGCAGAUCGUUUGAAAUAUGGACGUUUAAUGUAAAUAUGCUAUCCUGACAAGAGAACGACAUUGCCAGCCACCGGUUGCAAUGUUUCGACAAACCAUACAUCGAUUGCAAUAAUGGGAGCUGUAGAAUUUUAGGUGGCGAAGGAUAUUCAUUCGUUUGGAUACGAACCAAAACAAGUCAAAGUGCUCCAUAUACGGCUCACAGAUAACUUCCUGUGAGGCUCUGCUGAACAUAGCAGGUGUGGCUGCUUGAAAAAUGUCACAAGACAAGUUCACGAAUAGAUAGCAGUUGACUGCAUUGAAUGACCGACAACACGAUUUGUGGAUAAAUGAGUAUGGUGCAAAAACGCCUGACGCUUGCUUGUAUAAUUGACUAGGCACUCGUUCACCAAUUGUUCACUCGUUCGCCAAUUGUUCAUUUUUCAUAUAGAAUCUUGAAAUAUUCAGUACAUGCGGUGUUUAUAGUCUUAAUUUAUUGGAAAAAUGUCUCACAACAGUAAGUUCGUAAUUUCAACAUAUUUUAGUCAAAUUAGUAAGAUAUAAUUCAAAAACUUCGGUUGUUGCAUAGCAAGUUAAUCAUCUACCACUCAUGGUAAUCUGUAAGCAAUUGGCCUUUCAUCAAAAUAGAACAAGAUUGAAACUGUAAAUGCACAAUAAAAGAUAUAAACGGUUCCAUUUUGCAUUGACUUAUAUUCUUAUUUCCACAUGCAAAAUUUCAAAAGAAAAAUAAAUUUUGACUACAGUAAUUUCAGCGCAUAUUUAUUCUCAAUGCAAUUAAACAAACGUAAUGGUGAAUGGUGCUUCUAACUCCUUCAAUAUAAAAUCAGAGCAUAUUUUUCCCAUCAAAAGCUCUAAUGAAUGCUCUGUGUAUUUUCAUCACUAACCAACAAGAUAACGGCGUACAUUUGUAGAUACAACUACUCUCCACAUGAGUCCUGCCAGUUCACAAUACCAAGACAAACUAAAAGAGUAACAAUGAUGAACUAUGCGUUAAUCCACUUUAUCAAAUACUAUUUUCAAAACAACAAGACAUGAAACACAUCGGUGACGUGUGUAGUGUAGAAUAAUAUUUGUAGUUAACUAAUGAUAAAAAUUAUUGUGAAAAAUAAAGAAGUAACAAAAAGAAUGGCAUCUUAUAACCAUUAUCGUACAUAGAGA